AGAUCUAGGUUUGUUGCUUCCUGAUAGUCAAGUGUUCUCAUCAUGGCUACUGACCCAAGAAUCCCUGUUAGGAAUGAGAUUGACAAGGUUUUGGACAAAUUUAGUACAUAUGAGACUACAACUUUAUCUUCAUUAGAUAAUGUUGAAGCAAAACUGAAGGAGCUAUUAGAACUUGUUGAAAAUGCCAUGCCCAUGGAUGACGAUUCAAGUAAUUUGGAUGAAGCUUUGGACUCAGAAGAGUCUGAAGCUCCUCUUCUAUCAAGUGAACAAGUUUCUAACAUCAUGGCCACUUUGGCUGAAGUUAAAUCCGUCUCCAGCAGCGUCUCUGCCAAACAUAGGGAACUCCAUUCCUUUGUAUCAAAAAUUGGAAAAUGUAUAGAUAAAAAUUUUGAAACUUCGUAUGAUUUUAUGACUCAUCAAACUGCAUUUUUACGGGAUGAGACUCGACCCAGACUAUAUGAAAUUAUUUGUAAUCAUCUCUGCCGUGAAGGCCUGCAAAGCACAGCAGACCAGCUAAUGGAGGACAGCAAUAUGAAUAUAAAUUCAGAAUUUAUGACGAAGUUCCGUGACGUGAACGCAAUCGUGGUUGCAUUAAGAAACGGAGACCUGCAGCCUGCUAUGAAGUGGGCCUUGGAACACAGUGAAAAACUAAAAGAAAAGACCAGCAGUCUGGAGUUCAAGUUACACAGACUUGCCUUCAUCUCCUUGGUGGCAGGCGGAGCUCAGAACGUUACUGCUGCUAUCGAGUACGCCAGAGAUCACUUCACGCCUUUUAUUCCCAACCAUCAGUCAGCAAUUCAGCACGUGAUGGGGUCUCUUGUGUUUAUGCGCACUGGUCUGCAAGGCACGCCAUACAGUGGGCUGCUGCAGACCUCUCAGUGGGACGACCUCAUACGCACCUUCACUAAAGACGCCUGCACCAUAAUGGGCCUGUCCAUGCAGUGUCCCCUGGCUGUUUGUAUCAGCGCGGGAUGCACUGCACUGCCAGUCCUCCUGAACAUCAAUCAAGCCCUCACUGGAUCGCAAGUGCACAACAUGUGGAGUGCUAAGGAAGAGCUUCCUAUCGAGAUAGCACUGGGCAAGAACAACUACUACCACAGCAUCUUCUCGUGCCCCAUCAUGCGCCAGCAGAGCACCGAGUCUAACCCUCCCAUGAGGCUGAUAUGUGGUCACGUCAUCUCUAAAGACGCGCUUACCAAGCUUACGAAUGCCAACAAAACAAUCUGGGGAUGGGCGUCAUCUAGAACUUCACAAAAGGAUACGAGAGUGAAGUGCCCUUACUGUCCAGUGGAGCAGACGCCACAAGAACCCCAGCAAAUCAUCUUCUAGUUCAGCUCUGUGGUCCAUCAUCUCGUAUGGUUCUUCAUACGGUCCAUCAACUUCU